AAUAAAAGGAAGGGGAAAAAGAACAAUACUCCAUUAAAUUAUCUAUCAUUUGAAGAAUGGGGAGAGGGAAAGUGGAAUUGAAGAGAAUAGAGAAUCAAACAAACAGGCAAGUUACCUUCUCCAAGAGAAGAAAUGGUUUACUUAAAAAAGCUUAUGAACUCUCUAUUCUAUGUGAUGCUGAAGUUGCCCUUCUUCUUUUCUCUCCUUCCGGCAAAGCUUACAAUUUCGCGAGUCAUGACAUCGAAAGGACUAUUUUAAGGUACAAGAAUGAAGUUGGAUUGUCCAAAAAUAGCGACCAAGGCCUCAGAGCUAUGGAGGUUUGGAGAACAAAGAUUGAUGAUAUGACAAGAACAAUACAUGAACUUGAAGCCAGAGAUAAGCAUUUGGCUGGAGAAGAGUUAUCAAGUCUUGGCAUGAAAGAAUUGAAGCAAUUGGAGCGUCAACUCAGAAUUGGGGUUGAACGCAUUCGAUCUAAAAAGAGACGUAUCAUUUCCGAACAUAUUCACGGGCUUAAGAGAAGGCAUAAAAUCCUUCAUGAGGAGAACAUCCAUCUUCAAAAGCAAGUAAGGUUGUCUGAAAUAGAAGGGAGUUCAAGGAUUCUUGAUUCAGAAGCAAGUGAGUUACUUUCUAAGGGACGAAGAAUAAUAUAUGAUUUAUAGAUUUUCAAUUAUAUGGUCGUGUAAUUAAAGAGCCUACCUUAAGUGAACGUAUACUUAGUAUAUAUUAUAAAAUAGUGUGUACGGUAUAUUUAAGAUGACAAUCUUUUCGUGUUGUUUGAAUGUACUUAUUUAUUGUCUAGAAUUUUUAUUCCAAGUCAAUGUUGAAUUAAGAAAAGGGAAAAAAAAUGUACUAUGUUAAUAUUAUAAUUUGAAUUAGAAAUUUUUUGUCCAA